AUGGUGUGUGUGUGUGUGUGUGUGUGUGUGUGUGUGUGUGUGUGUGUGUGUGUGUGUGUGUGUGUGUGUGUGUGUGUGUGUGUGUGCGUGGUAGAGUACCCUCCUCGGCAGACACGCGGUGCUGCUUGGCGUCCUGUGUCCAGGGGAAGAUGAUGAGGCUGGGGUCCACUAGGGCACGACAGUACCCUGCCACCAGACAGGACAUGUCCUUGGCUGCUACUGACUCCAACAACAGGGUGAUGGGCUGGGGAGAGGAGGGGAGAGGAGAGAGAGGGAGGAGAGAGAGGAGGAGAGGAGAGGAGAGGAGAGGAGAGGAGAGGAGAGGAGAGGAGAGGAGAGGAGAGGAGAGGAGAGGAGAGGAGAGGAGAGGAGAGGAGAGGAGAGGAGAGGAGAGGAGAGGAGAGGAGAGGAGAGGAGAGGAGGCUUCAGAGAUAUAAACACGUCUUUCAAUAGUACAGGGUAGUAGAAAACUAGCUUGUGUGAGUCUGUGUCUGUGUGUCUGUGUGUCUGCUAGUCCGUGCAUGCAUGUGUGUGUGUGUCAUGCCAUACCUUGAUGUCCUGUAGAUAGAUCUUGACCAGACUAACACGGUCAGACUCUGGUAGCAGCUCUAUGCGUGUGAUACUGCUGAACUCUGUGAGUGAGGUCAUGAUGCUCAGUUUGUGGUUCACCACCUGACUGAUACCGUACCGCGACCCCACCAACAGGGUCACCAUCGACUCCCUGUCCUGGAGCUAGAGAGAGAGAGAGAGCGAGAGAGAGCGAGAGAGAGAGAGAGAGAAAGAGGUGGAGAGAAGAGAGGGAGAAGAGAGAGAAUUCAGUUCUCAUAGACAGUUGAGGUCAGUUGAGUGUUUUUUUCUCCCCUAGAUCUGUGGGUAAGUGUGGUGCAUCAUGGUAGUACUGAAGCUCCUGGUGCUCCCGUGGCACUCCCAGGCCACACCACCAGGGGGCGCCAAAAUAGAAUAAUGACUAAAGAUCCAUAGACAUGAAGAACAUACUGUAGCUCUGUCAUCCCUACUGAAACCCCUUAUAUCCUGUCUGUAGAUAGAGAUGAAUAGAGAGGUACUGUAUAAUGAAACCCAUUAUAUCCUGUCUGUAGAUAGAGAUGAAUAGAGAGAUACUGUGUAAUGAAACCCAUUAUAUCCUGUCUGUAGAUAGAGAUGAAUAGAGAGAUACUGUAUAAUGAAACCCAUUAUAUCCUGUCUGUAGAUAGAGAUGAAUAGAGAGAUACUGUAUAAUGAAACCCAUUAUAUCCUGUCUGUAGAUAGAGAUGAAUAGAGAGAUACUGUAUAAUGAAACCCAUUAUAUCCUGUCUGUAGAUAGAGAUGAAUAGAGAGAUACUGUAUAAUGAAACCCAUUAUAUCCUGUCUGUAGAUAGAGAUGAAUAGAGAGAUACUGUAUAAUGAAACCCAUUAUAUCCUGUCUGUAGAUAGAGAUGAAUAGAGAGAUACUGUAUAAUGAAACCCAUUAUAUCCUGUCUGUAGAUAGAGAUGAAAAGAGAGAGAGACACCAUGACAGGGAUACGUUGGUAGAGAUAAAUAGUAAUAGAGAUGAAUACCAUCAUGCCAGUGCUGACAAAGAGAGAUAGAGAGAUAUUAUACAUUUCUAUCACGGUGGCGCUGAAGGACUUUGACAAAGGAUAGAUCGAGAUAACUACCAUCAUGAUAUAGACAGAGAUAACUACAGCUAGAUAGAGAUAAUCUCUCUCCUACCAUCAUGGUGGAGAUAUAGAUGUGGUCCUCUGUAGCUCAGCUGGUAGAGCACGGCGCUUGUAACGCCAAGGUAGUGGGUUCGAUCCCCGGGACCACCCAUACACAAAAAAUGUAUGCACGCAUGACUGUAAGUCGCUUUGGAUAAAAGCGUCUGCUAAAUGGCAUAUUAUAUUAUUAUAUUAUUAUAGAUAUAACUAGAUAUAGAUAAUCUCUCUCCUACCAUCAUGGUAAGGAUAUAGAUAUAACUAGAUAUAGAUAAUCUCUCUCCUACCAUCAUGGUAAGAAUAUAGAGAUAACUAGAUAGAGAAUCUCUCUCCUACCAUCAUGGUAAGGAUAUAGAGAUAACUAGAUAGAGAUAAUCUCUCUCCUACCAUCAUGGUAAGAAUAUAGAGAUAACUAGAUAGAGAUAAUCUCUCUCCUACCAUCAUGGUAAGGAUAUAGAAAUAACUAGAUAGAGAUAAUCUCUCUCCUACCAUCAUGGUGGAGAUAUAGAGAUAACUAGAUAUAGAUAAUCUCUCUCCUACCAACAAAGCCUCCUUCACUCAUGCUGCCAAACAUGCCCUCGUAAAACUGACUAUCCUACCGAUCCUUGACUUCGGCGAUGUCAUUUACAAAAUAGCCUCCAACACUCUACUCAGCAAAUUGGAUGUAGUCUAUCACAGUGCCAUCCGUUUUGUCUCCAAAGCCCCAUAUGCUACCCACCACUGUGACCUGUACGCUCUUGUUGGCUGGUCCUCACUACAUGUUCGUCGUCAAACCCACUGGCUCCAGGCCAUCUAUAAAUCACUGCUAGGCAAAUCCCCGCCUUAUCUUAGCUCAUUGGUCACCAUAGCAGCACCCACCCGUAGUCUGCGCUCCAGCAGGUAUAUCUCACUGGUCAUUCCCAAAGCCAACACCUCCUUUGGCCGCCAUUCCUUCCAGUUCUCUGCUGCCAAUGACUGGAACGAAUUGCAAAAAUCUCUGAAGCUGGAGACUCUUAUCUCCCUCACUAACUUUAAGCAUCAGUUGUCAGAGCACCUUACCGAUCACUGCACCUGUACACAGCACAUCUGAAAUUAGCCCACCCAACUACCUCAUCCCUAUAUUGUUAUUUAUUUUGCUCUUUUGCACCCCAGUAUCUCUAUUUGCACAUAAUCUCUUGCACAUCUAGCAUUCCAGUGUUAAUACUAUUGUAAUUAUUUUGCACUAUAGCCUAUUUAUUGCCUUACCUCCAUAACUUGCUACAUUUGCACACACUGUAUAUAUAUUUUCUGUUGUAUUUUUGACUUUAUGUUUUUUACCCCAUAUGUAACUCUGUGUUGUUUUUAUCGCACGGCUUUGCUUUAUCUUGGCCAGGUCGCAGUUGUAAAUGAGAACUUGUUCUCAACUGGCUUACCUGGUUAAAUAAAGGUGAAAUAAAAUAAAUAAAAAUAAAUGGUGGAGAUAUAGAGAUAACUAGAUAGAGAUAAUAUCUCUCCUACCAUCAUGGUAAGGAUAUAGAGAUAACUAGAUAGAAAUAAUCUCUCUCCUAACAUCAUGGUGGAGAUAUAGAGAUAACUAGAUAGAGAUAAUCUCUCUCCUACCAUCAUUAGGAGAUAUAGAGAUAACUAGAUAGAGAUAAUCUCUCUCCUACCAUCAUGGUGGAGAUAUAUAGAUAACUAGAUAGAGAUAAUCUCUCUCCUACCAUCAUGGUAAGGAUAUAAGAUAACUAGAUAGAGAUAAAGCUCUUCUCCCUACCCCCAUGGGGAGGAGGAUUAUAGAGAUCUCCUACUCCUUCCAUGCUUGUAAGGAUAUACGAGAAUCACUUAGAUAGAGAUAAUCUCUCUCCUACCAUCAUGGUGGAGAUAUAGAGCUAACUAGAUAGAGAUAAUCUCUCUCCUACCAUCAUGGUGGCACUAAAGGACUUCCCGCCAAAGGACUUGAGGUCACACAGCUCCGCCAGGUAGUCAAUCUUCGCCUGAUUGGCCGACAGCACCUUCUGCUUGGGCUCCUGUGAUUGGCUCUUCUUCAUGUGGUAGCCAAUGGCCUUCCUCAGAUCCUUCUCCCUCAUGUUCCUCAGGAGGGUUGAUGAGACAAAGUUCUCAAUGCCCCAACUCUUCCUGUAGAGAGGAAAAAGGGAAUAUGAUCAGCUGUAAUGUACUAUUCUAAUAGAGGGAAUAUGAUCAGCUGUAAUGUAUAGAGACAAACUGUAUGUGUGUGUGUGAGUGAGAGUGUGUGUGUGUGAGUGUGUGUGUGUGAGUGCGUGUGCGUGUGUGUGUGUGUGGUGUGUGUGUGUGUGUGUGUGUGUGUGUGUGUUGUGUGUGUGUGUGUGUGUGUGAGCAUGCACACGAGUGACGUACGUGAUGAUCUUGAGGUUGGUCUUAGGUGACUGUCCACAGCUGGCUAGUCUCUCCUGUAUGUGCAGGGCUGCCAGACGCAGGGCCGUGUUGCAACGCAUCUCCACCGCAAAACGCUCCUGUAGCACGUCAUUAAUACCCUACACAAACACACACGCACGCACACACACACACACACACACACACACACACACACACGCAUGCACACACACACAUAGUGAUGUUACACAAACAUAUUUACACGUCCAUGUCAUAUAACCCCCCCCCACCCAUACCUACCUGCAGGUAGAGGUAGUGGAAGGCAGUGGGGUCAUCUUGUAACAGGUGCUCAGGUUCUCUGGGUACAAAACACACUCUGAACAGACACCUGUAGUCAUGGACUUCCUUCUGAUGGACCACCUGGAGAUGGACAGAGAGAGAGAGAGAGAGAAAGGGGGGGUAGGAUACAGAUGUGUCUGUGUGUGUGUGUGUGUGUGUGUGUGUGUGUGUGUGUGUGUGUGUGUGUGUGUGUGUAUAUGUGUGUGUGUGUGUGUGUGUGUGUGUGUGUGUGUGUUCCUGUUCUAUCCCUUAUUCCUCCUGCAGUAGCAGUAGUUUAGUGAUGCUAUACUGUGUGUGUUUACCUGUUGUAUCCUCUCCUCUUCAUGUAGUAACAGUAGUUUACUGAUGCUGUACUUCUGUUCCAGAACCAGAGAGAAGUGUUCAAUACGAGACAGAGACAGUUUCUCCUUCAGGGUCAUCACUAUGUCCUGGGAACAACCAGAGAGAACAGGAGACAGGAUCAUCACUAUGUCCUGGGAACCAGAGAGAACAGGAGACAGGAUCAUCACUAUGUCCUGGGAACAACCAGAGAGAACAGGAGACAGGAUCAUCACUAUGUCCUGGGAACAACCAGAGAGAACAGGAGACAGGAUCAUCACUAUGUCCUGGGAACAACCAGAGAGAACAGGAGACAGGAUCAUCACUAUGUCCUGGGAACAACCAGAGAGAACAGGAGACAGGCUCAUCACUAUGUCCUGGGAACAACCAGAGAGAACAGGAGACAGGAUCAUCACUAUGUCCUGGGAACAACCAGAGAGAACAGGAGACAGGAUCAUCACUAUGUCCUGGGAACAACCAGAGAGAACAGGAGACAGGCUCAUCACUAUGUCCUGGGAACAACCAGAGAGAACAGGAGACAGGCUCAUCACUAUGUCCUGGGAACAACCAGAGAGAACAGGAGACAGGCUCAUCACUAUGUCCUGGGAACAACCAGAGAGAACAGGAGACAGGAUCAUCACUAUGUGCUGGGAACAACCAGAGAGAACAGGAGACAGGCUCAUCACUAUGUCCUGGGAACCAGAGAUAACAGGAGACAGGAUCAUCACUAUGUCCUGGGAACCAGAGAGAACAGGAGACAGGCUCAUCACUAUGUCCUGGGAACAACCAGAGAGAACAGGAGACAAGACACUGAUAUGUUAGGCCAGUUAAACUGUAGGGUUGAGGUCAAUUCACUGAGGAGAAUUGGGGUUUCAGUUUCCUGGCUGAAUGGACUGAAUGGAAAGGUCAGUAAAAUAGGGAAUAACAGGAUGUAGUAUGUACACAGUCAGUCAGUCAGUCUUGUAGAGGAGGAGUCUAUUGUCCGAGCCAGGACGGCCCGUAGAGGAGGAGUCUAUUGUCCGAGCCAGGACGGCCCGUGGAGGAGGAGUCUAUUGUCCGAGCCAGGACGGCCCGUAGAGGAGGAGUCUAUUGUCCGAGCCAGGACGGCCCGUAGAGGAGGAGUCUAUUGUCCGAGCCAGGACGGCCCGUAG